GUAGGCACCCCAAAUAAGAGACCAGCCUGCCGACUGGUGCCACAACGGGGAUUUCUGAUUUCCCGACGAAUUGGGACAUUCGGACAUUCGUUGGAGUUUGUGAGCUCCCCGCGAAGUCGCAGAUCUACCGACCAGUGUGCCCUCAGAUGUUAUAGCAAGGUUCUUCAACACGUACACCGACUGUACUGCCACACAAGUGUUCCGUAACCGUUUUGGUUCGAGCAAGGCCAAGUUCGUUCAGCUUGGCCGUGCAGAUGUGGGUAUAAUUUUGAUGAGUUGUGCUGCCGCGUCGCUAUGGAGGUAGUUCCCGCGGACGUGGUUCCCUCAGAGCCUGCAGGUGGUGGUGCCGCCUCCAUUGGUGCUCAUGGCCUCGGCGUGCACAACGUCGUGCUGCAGUUCGCAGAUCGCACGGUCAUAUUUCACGUCACGCUGUUGGAGGGCUCCGUCUUCCUGUGGGUGGGUGGCGCCGAGCUCGGCAUCGGGGAUCUCAAGGUGGCGACGCCGACGAAGUAUGACACGCUUCCCAGCGUUGCCACGGUGAGGGGCGAGGGCGACGGUCCUGGCUCCGCCAUCGCCCAACGGCUGUCCAGGCGAUUCGGAUGCCUCGUUUUCGCGAGCUUCAAUCUGUCAAACCCAGAGCCCGACCUGAUGCUCUUCGUGCAGAAGGAAGCCGCCCGCAUCCUGGGCGAGCUGCUGGGUGCAGAGCCCUCCCCUGCGCUCGCUGGACCCAGCGCUGGAUGAGCCUCGCCGGACAGAGCGAGACGGCCUAGGCGUUCCCGACGAACGAAAUCGUAGACACAAUCCCGCAGAUGCGGAUACGAGUGAGGGGGCGUGGGGGGCGUCGGCACUUUGCGAGGCUCGAACGUACAUCUGAAAAAGAC